AUGUGGGGCUGCCUGGUGGCCCUCAUGGGCCUGUUCUUCCUGGUGCACUGGUACCGCGAGAGGCAGGUGGUGAGCCAGCUGACAGACAAAUAUGUCUUCAUCACGGGCUGUGACUCGGGCUUUGGGAACCUGCUGGCCAGGCAGCUGGACAUGAGGGGCCUGAGGGUGCUGGCUGCAUGUCUGACAGAGAAGGGGGCUGAACAGCUGAGGCAGCAAACUUCAGACAGGGUGGAGACGGUGAUCCUGGAUGUCACACAGACGGAGAGCAUCACUGCGGCUGCCCAGUGGGUGAAGGAGCACGUGGGGGACAGAGGGCUCUGGGGACUGGUGAACAAUGCUGGCAUCCUUGGGUACUCGGUUCCCAAUGAGUGGCUGACCAAACAGGACUUUGUGGAUGUGCUCAACGUGAACCUGCUGGGGAUGAUCAAGGUGACACUCAGCCUGCUGCCCUUGGUGAGGAAGGCCCGGGGCCGCGUGGUCAACGUCUCCAGUGUCAUGGGCCGCUUGUCCAUGAUGGGUGGCGGCUACUGCAUUUCCAAGUACGGUGUGGAGGCCUUCUCAGACUCACUCAGGAGGGAGCUCUCCUUUUUUGGGGUGAAAGUGGCCAUCAUUGAACCGGGUACCUUCCCAACCAACAUAAUCAAGCCUGAGAGAUUUGUAGAGUCCUUACAAGCCGCAUGGAACCAGAUCGGCCCUGAGCUCAAGGAGGUCUAUGGCCAGGAGUUUCUGGCAGCCAACAUUAAGAUGAUGGAAGCAUUCAAGCCCCCAGUUAUGCAUGAGCUGUCCUUGGUGACUGACUGCAUGGAACAUGCACUGACUGCACGCCACCCCCGCACCCGCUACUCCCCUGGAUGGGAUGCCAAGUUCUUCUACAUCCCUCUGAGCUACAUGCCCACCUGUCUGGUGGACGCCAUAUUCCAGUGGACUCACCCAAAACCAGCCAAGGCCCUGUGAGGGUGCUAUCUGAUAGUGUUGAGCUGGGCACAGUGAGAGAGAAGGGGGAUUAACUGGGGAGAGAAGGGUGCAGUCUCAGCUGUCCCCAGGCCUGUUGCUGCUCCAGCCUCUCCCCAGCUCUCACCUGGUGCCAUGUAGCCUGGGAACAGCUCUCAGGAAUCAGAGCUUCAUGGUUCAGGACGCAUCUGCACAGUGUCGGGGAGUGGCAGGUGCACAGAGCCUGCAUCUGCUCUGCCUCCCUGGGUGGUACGUCUGUACAUUGUGCACCUUUCAUGGGUGGCAUGGCCCUGGGCAGAGGAGGCAUCAUCCUCUGAAGAGAGCUGUGCACUGUUUGAGGGUGGGAGGGCCAAUCCCCACCCUGCUCAUAAGGCCUGAGGUUUCUUUUUAUAGGCAUUGGGGGGAAGAUGACAUCCUCAGCAGGAUCUCAGCAUAGGAUGCAGAAAUCAAUUUCCCAUUGUUGAAAUAAUGGUUUCUUUCUUUAUGUUUUGCUUGAUAAUAAACGUUGCCAU